UUUGGUUACCUCGCUCUCCUCAUUUCCAGCGGAAUCCUCCUCUUCCUCCUUGGCGUAAGCGUCACCGCAGCCGUGCUCGGUUUCAUCGUGUUUCUUCCAUUGAUCGUCAUCUCGAGUCCCAUCUGGAUUCCCGUUUUUGUCCUCGUUGGCGGGUUCUUAACGGUCUCGGGAUUUCUUGUCGGAACGGUGGCGGUAGUGUCGUGGACGUACCGCUAUUUCCGAGGAAUGCACCCGGUUGGAUCAAACCAGAUGGAUUAUGCACGCAGUCGGAUCUAUGACACGGCCUCCCACGUUAAAGAUUACGCUAGAGAAUACGGUGGUUACUUCCAUGGCAGGGCUAAAGAUGCGGCACCUGGUGCUUAACCUGAACCGGUUGGUAUAGUCUGGUUCAGGGUAGAAUUAACAGAUCCCGGUUCAAUUUAUGGAGGGGUAACACGGUUAAUUAAUGGUAAGAGAUUACAUUUUGUUUUUUUUGUUUCCGUUUUUAUAAGAAGACAAAGAAUGGUAAUGUACAAGCUUUUGUGUCCGUAAUAACUUGAAAUGUAAUAUUUUGUUUGCGAGUUUUUUUUUCCACAUUUUUUUUGGGAGACGUUUGUAUAAUCAAAUGUCUUUCAGUUAUGUUUGAAUAAUUUAUUUCGAUAAAUGA